GCUGCGGUUAGGUGACAUUCCGCCUGACAAACGAUCGGCCUGCCCCUGUGCGUCUGACGUCAGCGACGUCAAACGGGACUGUUUGUUCUGGAUUUGGGGCGAGGAAGGUCUGCGAGCGCUGACACCCGACUGAAGAAGGUGUUGACACACUGUCCUCUUGUCACUGAGCUGCAGUUUCCUUGCCCCCCCCCACACAGUGGUUCACUGACAAACCUCCAUGGUUACCACAGGAAAUCGCCGCCUCACCAACUGAGAUAUGAUCACACAAUUAAAAUAGACCACAGCUGCACGGCUACAAACAUAGAGUCGAGUGAGGAGUGUAAUGGCCUGAGGGGGCUCCCCCCUGUCCCACCUGCCCCUGCCAGGUCCAGUCUGCCUAAACUGUCUGCUCAGUCACUGCGACCCACCACUGCGAUGGGAGACGGACUGGAGGCAGGCAGCAGCCAGAACCCUCCCUCUGCCCCACCACCUCUCCCCUUCAGCCCUCCACCUCCUGCAAUGUGCGGCUCCUCCAGACCCAAACGACAGACCAACCAGCUACAGUACUUGAAUAAAGUGGUGCUCAAGACAUUAUGGAAACACCACUUUGCGUGGCCCUUCCAAUCUCCUGUAGAUGCCAUCAAACUUGGUUUGCCUGACUACUAUAAGAUCAUCAAGACGCCCAUGGACAUGGGCACAAUAAAAAAGCGCCUGGAGAGCAACUACUACUGGAACGCCCAGGAGUGUAUCCAUGACUUCAACACAAUGUUCACAAACUGCUACAUAUACAACAAGCCGGGGGAUGACAUUGUCCUAAUGGCUGAGGCCUUAGAAAAGCUCUUUCUUCAGAAGAUCACUGAGAUGCCGCAGGAGGAGAUGGAGAUCGCUGUGGUCAGCAAGGGACGCCGUGGUGCACCACGGGAGAGCGCUCUGAUAAUUCAUUCAGAUUCAGGCCAAGAGUCAUCGUCGCCCCUUCAGGUCCAGCCUAUAUCCCAGCCUCAGCCUCCCCCACGUGUGCCUCCCACACCCACCUCUCACACACACCUGGGAAACCCAUUCCCCGUCUCAACUCCGGAUGUCCUGGCCCAUGCUUUGACCUCUGUUCCUCCUCCAACCCUGACACACCCAGGCCUCCACCCUGUCCCAAUGCUACAGAGCUCCCCUGCCCUCAUAAAGCAAAGGAAAAGCCAGAAGAGGAAAGCAGACACCACCACGCCGACAGCCAACGACCAGCUCAGCGAAUCGUCUCCUGUGUCUGUGGAGGCCCGGCCGCGUCGAGAGAACAAUCGUCCACCGAAGCAGCCCAAAAGGGAUGGAUCGCAGCCGGACUCCCAACAUCACCUUGGCGCUGGUUUGGAGACGGGAGGGCUGGCAACACCGAAACGCCAGGAGCAUUUACGCUUCUGCGCUCGCUUCGUCAGAGAGAUGCUGUCCAAGAAACAUGUGGCAUAUGCCUGGCCUUUUUACAAACCUGUCGACACGAAAGCUCUUGGUCUCCAUGACUACCAUGACAUCAUCAAACAUCCCAUGGAUCUCAGCACCAUCAAGAGAAAGCUGGACAACAAACAGUACAGAGAGGCUCAAGAAUUUGCAGCCGACGUCCGGUUGAUGUUCUCCAACUGUUACAAGUACAAUCCUCCAGACCAUGAUGUUGUUGGCAUGGCACGCAAAUUACAGGAUGUGUUUGAAAUGCGUUUUGCUAAAAUGCCUGAUGAGCCAGAGGAGACCACUCCUGUUCCAACCCCGUCAUCGGCCCUCCACCCUGCCCCCUCCAUGCGACAAGCCCCGCCUCCUUCCGUUGUCUCGGAAGAAGAAAGCUCCAGCUCCUCCGAAUCUGAGUCUUCGGCGGCAAACUCAGAUCACGAAAGGACACAGCGAUUGGCUGAGUUACAGGAACAGCUUAAAGCUGUCCAUGAGCAGCUGGCAGCACUGUCGCAGCCACAGGCCAGCAAACCCAAGAAAAAGGAGAGGGAGAGGGAGAGGGAGAGGGAGAAGGAGAAGGAAAAGGAGAAGAAGGAGAAAGAGAAGGAAAAGGAGAAAAAGAAAGAGAAGCACAAGAAGAGGCUGGGAGUGGAGGAAACCAUUGAGGCCCCUUCGCCUGCACUUCUACAGACUCCUAAGAAGAGCAAGAGUAGCAAGGAGCUAGUCAAUGUGAAGAAGGACAGAAAAAAGCCCAGUAAGAAAGAUGGAGUUAGAAACAGCCGCCCAGCAGCGCCCCCUCAGCCUGGGCCCACCCCGCUCGUCCCUUCAGCCUCUCUGGAAGCAGAGGAUGAAAUGGAUGUCUUUGGGGGCCUGUCCGUGGAAAGAUGCAAGCCUAUGUCGUACGAGGAGAAGCGUCAGCUGAGCCUGGACAUCAACAAGUUGCCCGGUGACAAACUGGGCCGCGUCGUGCACAUAAUCCAAACGCGUGAGCCGUCACUGAAGAACUCCAACCCGGAUGAGAUUGAGAUUGACUUUGAGACACUGAAGCCUUCCACGCUGAGGGAGCUGGAAAAGUAUGUCUCCAGCUGCCUCAAGAAGAAGAAAAAACCAUCAGUAGACCGGCCUCUGGAAAUGACAAAUGUGACGAAGGUGAAGACGGGAUCUUCAUCCUCAGGCAGCAGCGACUCCUCAGAUAAUGAAGACUCUGAGAACGGCGAGAAUGGGCUGGUUCCCAAACAGCAGAAGAAGAACGUGUCUAAUAAAGACCCCAAGAGACCACACCACCAGUCCCUCAUCACCGGCGUCGGCCUCGUCCCUCCUCAUCCUCAGCCUCAGCCUCAGCUGCAGAUUCAGAUUCAGCCUCAGCCUCAGCCUCAGCUUCAGCCUCAGCUUCAGCCUCAGCUGCAGCCUCAGCUUCAGCCUCAGCUUCAGCCUCAGCUUCAGCCUCAGCUUCAGCCUCAGCUUCAACCUCAGCUUCAACCUCAAGUCGUCCAGUGUAAACCGACAUUUGUGCCGCCUCCCUCUGUCCCCGUCACUGUCCCCUCUCUGGACACCUCGCAGCUGCUAAACUCAGGAUUCGAUCCUCUGGCCCACUUCAUGAACCCACACCUGACACAGUCGAACACCGAGCCCAACCCAACCAUGACUACUGCUGGUGUCCCUGUCGCAGCUGUCCACCUCAACACGAACCCGCCCAGCAGCCAGACACCUGCUGAGACACACCCUUUCCUCAACCAACAUCCCAUCAUACCCUCACCAGCGAUCCACAACGCUCUUCCCCAGCAACCAUCGAGACCUAGCAACCGUGCAGCGCCGCUUCCUCCCAAACCCUUGCAGCCUCCCCCGUCCUCGCUCCCCUCCCUGCCUCCAUCCCCCUCCCCGCAGCUUCAGCCCUCGCUUCCCCUCACACUGCCCCAGCCUGUCCCCCGCCCCCGUGUCCCUUCACCUCCCUCCCACGGCAUCCUGGGCACCCUCUCGGCACAACCUCCCCAAGCCCUGCUGGAGGACGACGAGGAGCCGACGCCCGCCACUUUGGACUCCCCGCCCCUCAGCCAGGUGCACACCUUCCUGCAGUCUCUCCAGCCUCGACCCAUCACACAGACCCUGCCAAUGCACACGCACUCGCCCGUGCCGCUAGUGCCGCCGCUGCACACGCAGGCCAUGGCGACGUCCGCCCCCACCCUGGCGCAGAGACACAGCUCGGGCCACGCGCUCAUGCAGCAGCCGUUCCCACACACGUUGACGCCGCAUCAGCAGAAGAGUGUGGCCCUGCAGCAGAAGGUACAACAGAUGCAGCAGCAGCAACACCAACAGAUGCAGCAGCAGCAGCAGCAGCAGCAGCCGCCGUCACCACAGAGUAAAGCAGAGUCUUUCCCAACAGGUAUCCUGCGCGAGAGCCCCUCUCCUCUGAUGAUGCAUUCUCCUCAGAUGCCUCAGUUCCACCCAGUGGGACAGCACUCACCUCCACAGGCCAAGAAACAUGAGCAGAGGUCCAACCUGGUGGCAGUAAAAGAGGAGAAACUUCCUCCGUCACCAGUUCUGCCCCCGUCACCCUUCACUCCUGUCAUGCGUCAGGAUACACACAAACCAGACAACAAACACAGAUUAGAUAUGAAGCCACUGGAUGGUUCUCGUCCUGGUCCUCGCCUUCUAGACUCGCCGGCGCCGCCCUGCUCCCAGCAAGACAACAAAAUCAAGCAAGAACCCAAAACUCCCGUUGCUCCUAAGAAGACCCAGGACGUGAAGUUAAAGAACAUGGGUUCUUGGGCCAGCCUGGCUCAGAGGUCACAGUCCACGCCGGCGUCCGCCGUGCGCUCGUCCAGCGACAGCUUCGAGCAGUUCAGGCGUGCCGCAAGAGAGAAGGAGGAGAGGGAGAGACAGCUGAAAGCACAAGCUGAGCAGGCGAGGAGGGAGCAAGGAAAGAUUCGCCGUGACGACGAGGAUACGAUGGAACACGCUCGCAGAGCACAGGACGACGUCCGCCGCCGCCAGGAGCAGCAGCAGCAGCAGCAGCAGCAGCAGCAGCCGCCGCCGCAGCCGCCGCCGCUCACUCCCACGCCUCCGGCCUCUACCCCGCCCACUCACUCUCCACAGGCUCCACCUCCACAGCCUCAAGCCCCGCCUCCGCCCCCUGCUGCAGCUGCACAGAACACCCUCGACCAGAGGGAGAUGGCGCGUCGCCGGGAGCAGGAGCGGCGCAGGAGAGAGGCGACCGACACCAUCGACAUCAACUUCCAGAGUGACCUGAUGGCCAUUUUUGAAGAGAACCUGUUCUGAAAGAAGAGGGGAAAGAGGAUGAUGGGAGUGAGAGACAGACCCUAUAGACUUAUAUAAGAAAAUAUACAAAAUGCAUAUAGACCUCAAAGCUCUGAUAUUCAUGGUCGCUGCUCAUAUGAAUGCAAACACACAUACACUUCGUAGUAUCUGUCCUUUUUUUCUCAGAGUAGUAGAAACAGCUGGCUUGUGUCCUGUGAAGGAGGAAGUGUUGAGUGGGAAAAAAGAAAAAGAAAAAGCCUUUUUCCUCCAGCCUUAGAUACGUUUUGGUGUCUGGUGUUUUACGCUCGGUCGCCGGUUCUGGGUCCUCGGGGACGACAGACGCCGGACUGAUCGGAUCAUUGAUCGGCUCCCUCAAGGAAAAGAAGGACGAUGGAAAAAAGUUGGCAACUUUAACUCUUUUACAUAAAAAUAAUAAUAAUAAUAACAAUGGUGAUGAGGUUUAGGUUUAUAAUUUAAGUGAAGGAGAGAAGAAACAAACAGAUUACUCUUUUUUUUUUUUUGCCCUCUCUUCUAACCCCGUUUUAUUUUUUUUGUUUGAAUGUUAAUGGCGAGGGGCGGAGUUUCGUCCGGUUCAGCGCUCGCCUGUGAGUCGGUUAUUUUCUCAGGACGCGGUGGAGAACUAAUAACAACCACCCGUACCUGCUGCGACCUCUCUCACACACACACACACACACACACACACACACUUUCCCAACAUGCCCUUCGUCCCUUUACGUUCUGCGGCGACUGUGCGUGACGAGAAAAGGAACGACGGCGUUUUCAGAGUGCGUCCUUUUGCCUUAGCGCUCUAGCCUGUAAACUAAUAAUCCCACCCUUCAAAUUAUACAUAUUAUAUAUACAUAUAUAUAUAAAUAUAUGAAAAAAAUAGAUACAUGAAUAUAUAUGUAUAUAUAAAUUAUAUAUAUAUAUACACACACAAGGAAAUGUCAAGGAUAAAGUACAUGAGAGGGACUUGGAUUGUGGGGAGCGAAGCUUGUCUUUGUGUUUUGAUUUUGUAGAAUUUACUGUAAAGAAGAAGAAAAAAAAAACUUUUUUAUUGAGAGGAUUGUUUUCGUCUCGACUUAUUCUCUCUCUCUCUCUCUCUCCGAUCUUCUCUUUUCUCUCUUUUUUUCUUGACUCUAUGCCAAAACCAAUCUAUUGAGUGCUGACAAGUUCUUUUUUUUUUUUUUUACAUGUAAAAUGCAUCUUCUUUUCACUUUAUAUUAAAGGCUACGUUUUUAAUUGCUA